GUCGUUUUCCCUUGGCGGCUGCUCACUAGUUGAAAGGAAGGAGCAAAGAUGGUGUCGCUGAAGCUCCAGAAGCGUCUCGCCGCAAGCGUGCUCAAGUGUGGGAAAGGGAAAGUUUGGCUCGAUCCUAAUGAGGGCAGCGAAAUCUCCAUGGCGAAUUCCCGCCAGAACAUCAGGAAACUUGUCAAGGAUGGUUUCAUCAUCAGGAAGCCGACAAAGAUCCACUCUCGAUCUCGGGCACGCCGCAUGAAGGAGGCCAAAAGAAAAGGGCGUCACUCGGGAUACGGUAAACGAAAGGGUACGAGGGAGGCGAGGCUCCCAACCAAGAUUUUGUGGAUGAGGAGGAUGCGUGUUCUGAGACGUUUGCUCCGAAAGUACAGAGAGGCAAAGAAGAUUGACAAGCACAUGUAUCAUGACAUGUACAUGAAGGUGAAGGGUAAUGUCUUCAAGAACAAGCGUGUUCUGAUGGAGAGUAUCCACAAAUCUAAGGCCGAGAAGGCGAGAGAGAAGACUUUGUCUGACCAGUUUGAGGCCAAGAGGGCAAAGAACAAGGCGAGCCGAGAGAGGAAGAUGGCUAGGCGGGAAGAACGCCUUGCUCAGGGUCCUGGAGGAGGCAAGGCUGCAGCUGCUGCUACUGCUGCUACCCAAACAACAGAGCAAUCAAAGAAGUCGAAGAAGUGAAAUGUUCUCUGAUUUUGUUGCUGUUUCUUUUUGUCGAUUUCGUGUUCCUUGGAUCCCAGUUUAUUUAUAAUAUAAACCUUUUACGUGAAAACGUUUCUGUCUGUGAUACAUCCGCUGUUGCCUUUGUCCGCAUCUGUUGUGGAUCUUGAGCGCCUCUUUGUCCGCAUCAGUUGUAGGUUAUAAGUUGAAGAACCGUCUUCUGGUUUAUAUGAUUUGUUUUAGAGGUGGAUGUUUUGGAUUUUA